AUGUCAGGACAGAUUAAUGAGAUUGUUGCAGCAGUUAAAGCUAUUCAUGAUGUUUCAACACCAAAUGACAAGCGAAUCGAAUAUACAAAAGCUAUAGAAAAUCUUAAAGAUAAUGAUCCAUAUACACUUAUACCAUUGGCAUUUCAAUUAGUAAAUUUUGAAGAUAUUGUUGUUCAACAUGUUGGUUGGAAUAUUUUAGAUCAUCUAAUUAGAUAUACAUGGGUUCGAAUGCCAUUAGAAUUAUUAAUUCAAAUGAGAGAUGGUGUUUUGAAACAUAUGCUUCAGAGACAAUUUACAUUAGAUAGUCAAGAUUCAUCUAUAAAAACUGCUUUAGUAAGAUCUUUAGUUUUAAUGAUUGAACAAGAAUGGCCUCAAAAUUGGCCUGAUUUAAUAGAUAAUUUUAAAAAUGUUAUUUUUCUCAAAAGGCUUAUUGAAGAUGUUGUGACAUUGUCAAAUAUAGAAAAUACUACAAGGAGAAAAGAUUUAUAUAAUUCUUUGGUAGUUUCAAUUAACGACAUUAUUUCAAUAACAUUAUUUCGCAUUCAUAAAUGUAUCUCUACUAAUUUAAAUGAAAAUGUUCUUCUAGUAAAAAGUGCUUUGGAAUUAAUAUCAGAAACAAUGGUAUGGGUACCAAUAAAAUCUGUUAAUGAAAAAUUAACUGAAACUAUUGAAGUAUGUUGUUUAUUGUUAUCUUGUAGUUCAGCUAAUGUUCACAAAGAAGCAGCUGAAUGUUUAUAUAAAUUAGUGUGCAAAAAAAGAAGUAAGACCGAUGAAACUUUUAUUAUUCAUGAAUUGUUAAAAAAAACUCCUGUUCAAGCUAUACUUACGGCUGCAAAUGAAGCUGCAAUUGUUGGUGCUGCAUCUCCAGAAUAUUACAAAUUUUUAAAAGUUCUUACUGAUUUAUUAUGUGAACUUGGUUUAAGGAUUACUGAAACAUGGAAAACUCUUGGUGAUGUUGAUUUAGAUACAUUUCCAACUUACUUAACAGCUUUAUUUGCUUUGUUUAACCAUCCAUCACUUAUUAUUCGUGGAGAUAUUUCAGCUGUUAUUAUUAGUAUGGUAUUAAAUCCUGAUAUUGCAAAUCUUCCACAAUUUAAACAAUUAAUGGAAAUAAAUUUAACAAAUUUUGUUAAAUAUAUGAAAAAAGUUGGUUCAAUUUCAAAAAAUGAUAAUGAUACAACAAGUCAUUACUGUAGAAUGGAUUAUGAUAAUGAAAUGGAUUUUACAAGAGAUUUUGUUCAAUUACGAGCUAGAUGUUGUAGGAUUGUCCAAACAACAAUUGCUGAUUAUAAGGAUAAAUAUUUUAAUAUCAUGGCUGAUUGGCUUCAAAAUCGUUGUUUAACAGUACCACAAGAUAUUACAAACGCUGAAUGGGAAUGUUUCCAAAAAUACAUUAAAACAGUUGUAAAUUCUGCCUAUGAAAAAGAAAUUGUAGAUUCAACAACAGAAGAUUCAUUAACAUUUAUUUUUGAUUCUGUUUUUAGACAACUAUGUACAAUUAAUGAUUUAAAAUUGGCUAAUGAGAUAAUGUCUAUAUGUAGUCCAUUAUUUAAUAUUCUUCGUUCUCAUCCUGAUAGAAUAGUUCCAAUUUUAAAUCAAUGUAAAUAUUUUCUUUUUCUAGAAAAUAAUGAAUUGUAUGAAGUUAAGGUUAUCAAGCGUCAUAUAAUGAUAAUUAUGUGUCGUUUAGUAACAAUGUUAUCAGAUGUCAUUCAACCAUAUGCAGAUAAUGUUUAUCAAGUUUGCUGUGAAGCAUUCUCUCAUGUUACAAUAAUGCAACGUGGAUCUUUAGUUCAAGUUCUUUCUGCCUUAUCUAAUUUAUGUCUUGAUUCUAACGUAAAGAGUAACUUUUUGUAUAAUGCUUUAAAAAUGAAUAUAGAAUAUAUUGGAGGUGAUGAUUUUCAGGAAAUCAUAAAAUCUCCUGCUAACUUUUUUCAGUAUGUUGGUUUUAAUGUAGAACCAAUAAAAGAUAACAAUUUAAAUUCAUCAAUAUUCAUUAAAAAUCGAGUAACAUUAAAAUCUAACUUAUAUACAAUUGAAGGUGCUUUACAACAAGUUACUGUUCCUGAAAACGUUGAAAAUCCAUUAUAUCAAAUAUUGUUACCACUUUUACCUAAAUUAUUUAGAUUUGGUUGCAUACUUAAUGAGAUGUAUGAUCCUAAAUAUGCAAGUCUUAUUCAUCCUUCUUAUGGAGAAGAAUUAUUGCAAAUUUCUAAAGAUGAUAGACGUGUACUGUUAACACAAAUAACUGAAACAGAUUUUACCAAUCAAAGUUCACCUAACACAUAUAGCCCAUUAGAACAUGCUCAAUUAUUUAUUUCUGACUUACAUGAUUGCGUUCAAAGUAUCUUAGGAAGUUGCGGAUCUCGAUUAUAUUUAAAUUUUUAUGAAAUUCCACUUUGUAAUGAAAUGUUAAAAAGUUUAGUAACUAAUGUCACUUAUACUCCUUACAAUCGUCUAAGAUUUUGGAUUAAACGUACAUGGAGUCCACUUCUUUCAAAAUGUCCACUGUCUAAAUUACCUGUAAUUGGUCCUAUGUUAUUUGGUAUUGUUGAACAUUUAACAAAAUCAUUAGAUAAAUUAUGGAGAGAUAUUGAAAAUUUCGACACUUCUGAUGAUCAAUCAGAAGAUGAAGUUUUAAUGGAACAUAUAACAUGUACUCUUACUAGAGAAACAGUUUCAAUGUAUAGGUUAUUAUUUUUGACUGAUUCUAUUGCUCCAAAUGGAAAAAGUGGUGAUGAGUCAAAGAAGAUGACAAAAGAAUUAUUAAAUGAAAAAGGUUCAAUUAUUUUAAAGGAGCAAUCAUUUUUAAAUAAUUUUAUACCAAAUUUGAUGAGAAUAUUAACUUGUAAAGAUACGCAAUCAGCUAUAAGAUCAUUAUCCAUAUGUAGAAUUGUAGUUGAUACCAUUAAAGAUAUCAGUACAGAACAAAUAGCAAAAUAUCUUUUAACGCAAGCAUUGUUAACAAUUCAAAUACAUGGUUCUGAUGAAGUUGCUGUUGGACCUAUAUUAUUAUAUAUAUAUACAAUAUAUUCCACUUUUCGUCCAAAAUAUCCAGAUUUAUAUAAAAUACUUGCUGAAGUACCAGAAGCUACAGAAGAAAAUUUAAGCUCAUUUGAUACAAGAGUUAUGAAUAUUAUUCGAACCAAUGAACAAAUAGUUGAAAAAACAAAAAGAGAUAUUGUAAGAAAAGUUUUGAAGCCAAUAAUUGCUAUGAAUAUUGGCCAACAACAUAAAAGACCUGCUCAUUUAAAACAAUUACCAAAAAUAGAAAAAUUGGAAAAAUUUAAAGCUGAAGCUGACUACAGUGGAAUCUCUGUACUUUUUUCCCCAUAA